GGUGUGACUGAAGUAGUUGCUUCUCCCCCAUCCACUUCCCACCUCCCACUCUCAUGCUCUCAGAUUUGUUAGAAACAGUGGUACCUUCUGACCCCACCCAAACCGCCACCUGUUUCUUCCCGCCUUGGACUGUGUGAACCUAGAAGACUCACGGCAAUGCUGGACUGCGGUGCCUUUGCUCUAGACUCGAGAAUGAACAACCCGUCAGAAAACGGCAAAGCGUCUCUGGAGAGCGGGGACAGCAGCACAGGCACGCAGACAAACGGCCUGGACUUCCAGAAGCAGCCGGUGCCCGUCGGAGGCGCGAUCUCCACAGCCCAGGCCCAGGCUUUCUUCGGACACCUCCACCAGGUCCAGCUCGCCGGCACGGGUUUGCAGGCUGCUGCCCAGUCUUUGAAUGUGCAGUCUAAAUCCAGCGAGGAGACGGGGGACACCCAGCAGCCCAGCCAGCCCUCCCCGCAGCCGUCGGUGCCGGCAGCCCUCCCGCAGACCCAGCUCAUGCUGGCUGGAGGGCAGAUCACCGGGCUCGCCCUGACGCCGGCCCAGCAACAGCUGCUGCUGCAGCAGGCCCAGGCCCAGGCCCAGCUGCUGGCAGCCGCCGUGCAGCAGCACUCCGCCAGCCAGCAGCACGGCGCCGCGGGGGCCACCAUCUCCGCCUCCGCCGCCACGCCCAUGACGCAGAUCCCCCUGUCGCAGCCCAUACAGAUUGCCCAGGACCUGCAGCAGCUCCAGCAGCUCCAGCAGCAGAACCUCAACCUGCAGCAGUUCGUGCUGGUGCACCCGACCACCAACCUGCAGCCUGCACAGUUCAUCAUCUCCCAGACGCCCCAGGGCCAGCAAGGUCUCCUGCAAGCGCAAAACCUUUUAACGCAACUACCUCAGCAAAGCCAAGCCAACCUCCUGCAGUCGCAGCCCGGCCUCGCACUCACCUCCCAGCCAGCAACCCCGACACGCACAAUAGCCGCGACUCCGAUUCAGACACUUCCACAGAGCCAGGCGACACCAAAGCGCAUCGACACUCCCAGCUUGGAGGAGCCCAGUGACCUUGAGGAGCUCGAGCAGUUUGCCAAGACCUUCAAGCAAAGACGAAUCAAACUGGGAUUCACUCAGGGCGACGUUGGGCUCGCGAUGGGCAAGCUGUACGGGAACGACUUCAGCCAGACCACCAUCUCUCGCUUCGAAGCCUUGAACCUCAGCUUUAAGAACAUGUGCAAGUUGAAGCCCCUCCUGGAGAAGUGGCUCAAUGACGCAGAGAACCUCUCGUCCGAUUCCGCCCUCUCCAGCCCCAGCGCCCUGAGUUCUCCGGGGCAGGGGAUCGAGGGCUUGAACCGCCGGAGGAAGAAACGCACCAGCAUAGAGACCAACAUCCGUGUGGCCUUAGAGAAGAGUUUCCUGGAGAACCAGAAGCCUACCUCGGAGGAGAUCACCAUGAUCGCUGAGCAGCUCAACAUGGAGAAGGAGGUGAUCCGCGUGUGGUUCUGCAACCGCCGCCAGAAGGAGAAGCGGAUCAACCCGCCCAGCAGCGGCGGGGCCAGCAGCUCGCCCAUCAAGGCGGUUUUCCCCAGCCCGACCUCACUGGUGGCGACCACGCCAAGCCUUGUGACCAGCAGUGCGGCCACCACCCUCGCCGUGAACCCCGUGCUCCCUCUGACCAGCGCUGCGGUGACCAGCCUCUCCGGCCCAGGCACCACCGACGCCUCCGCCAACAGCACAGCGACUGCGACCGUGAUUUCCACCGCCCCCGCGGCCGCCCCCGCCGUCUCGCCCCCCUGCCUGAGCCCCUCCCCGUCUGCCUCCGCCUCAGCCUCUGAGGCCUCCAGCGCCGGUGAGACCAGCACGACACAGACCGCCUCCACCCCUCUGCCCUCUGCACUUGGGACGGGCCAGGUGACGGUGACGGCGGCAGGGCUCCAGACAGCCACGGCCACCGCCCUGCCCGGAGCCACGCAGCUGCCGGCCAACGCCAGCCUCGCCGCCAUGGCCGCCGCCGCGGGGCUGAGCCCGGGCCUCAUGGCCCCGUCACAGUUCGCAGCUGGAGGUGCCUUACUCAGCCUCAACCCAGGGACCCUGGGCGGCGCGCUCAGCCCGGCUCUGAUGAGCAACAGCACACUGGCGACUAUUCAAGCUCUGGCGUCUGGCGGCUCCCUCCCGAUAACAUCGCUGGACGCGACUGGGAACCUGGUCUUCGCCAACGCAGGAGGAGCCCCCAACAUCGUGACCGCCCCUCUGUUCCUGAACCCCCAGAACCUCUCUCUGCUCACCAGCAACCCGGUCAGCCUGGUCUCUGCUGCCACCGCCGCCGCCGCGGGGGGCUCGGGGCCCGCCGCCAGCCUCCACGCCGCCUCCACCUCCGCUGAGCCCCUCCCGAACUCGCUCUUCACGGCGGCCUCCGCCGGCGGGGCCGCCUCCACCACCACCACCGCCUCCAAGGCGCAGUGAGCGCUGCUGCGCCUCCUCCACACGCAGGGCAGUGCGGCCGGGCAGCCGCCGGGCCGGGCGGGCCGCGGGGGCGGCCGCUCCCUCCCGCCUCGGGGGGGAGGAGAGGAGCGGAGCGGAGACACGUGCUGGAGCGAAGGGCCGGAGCCCGGACGGCGUUUGCCUAAUUUUGUAAUAAAACACUGUCUUUUCAGGAUUGCUUCAUGGAUUGGAGAACUUUCUAACAAAAAUUUAAAAAAAAAGCAGAAACAAAAAAAUCAAAAACAAAAAUAAGUGAAAGGACUACUCACUACUUACCGUUUCCAGCAGUCAGCACGGCAGUGAAGGUGGGUUGCCAUUCCAGUGGAGGAGGGGUUCUUGUUUGUCUAAGUUCCUUUUUUUUUUUCUUAAAAAAAUCAUUUUUAUGGGUCUGUUGUAUAGGCCGUUCAGUCCUAACAAGGUGUUUAUAAUAGUAUCGACUGUGUUGGGGGUUCCUUUCUUAACUGGUACAACUUAGGCAGGCCUGUGUUACUGUAUCUCUGUUAUUACUGUUGUGGUUUUUAUAUAUAUAUAGUUUGGACGUGUUCGUCUCUCGCUCCUGGAUCCUGUGUCAGCGAGCCCCCACGCUGUGGGGGGCUCUGGGGCCGGGGGGACUUGCGUUCUCAGCUGCGGAAUGUUCUUGCUGGUCUCCCCCCGCCCGACGACUCUCACAGGGGCCCUGGGAAGUUACUCUCUUUUGCCACUUACGCGAGAGGCUCGGGCGGGGGCCGAGGGCCGUGUGUGCGGGCGCCCACUCCCCUCGCGCCCGCCAGGCGGUGCCUUCGGAGCAGUCUGUGUGGGGGGGCGCCCGCCGGACUGUGGCUCUCUCUCGGACCUUGAAGGACCCCAGGCCGGGGCCCCGGGUGCACCGGCGCCGCUCCCGCCUCCCACGGGGCGCACGUGGCGCGGGCGGGCGCGGCCCCGAGGGCAAAGACUACUGCAGACACCUGACCGGUGGCUCUCCCGACUCCCCGUCUCCUGAGAAGUGCUCCUGCUGUUGCUGUGUGUGUGUCUGUGUCGCGGGGGGCGGGGGGCAGCGUCCGGGCUUCUCUGGCCUGCCCAGCCGAGACCGGGGCGCGCUCCCUCCUCCUCCUCCGUUUUCUGAAGGAGCCCCACUGGGCUGUCCUCCUCCACUGGGCUGUCGUCCCCCGCUGGGCUGUCGUCCCCCGCUGGGCUGUCCUCCCCCACUGGACUGUCCUCCCCCGGUGGCUGGCCUCCAGAGGAGCCGGUGAGCAGGAUCCGAGGUCGCUGCCACCUCCUCCUCUGGCCACCGACUCUCUUUUCCCCAGGGGGCUUGUAGAUCUGUCCCCGAGACCAUCCUUGUCCUCCGAUGGACCGGGCACGUGCUGGCCGCCGUGGGCCUCAGAGCCUCUGCCGGGCUCUGAGCGGGAACUCGAGGCCCCCGUGGGGGUCGCCUGGGCCGGUCAGCGACGACGCCCUGUGAGGCGGGUGUAACGUCAGUAGCAUCUCGGGGCGGGCGGGGCGGGUGGGGCGGCGAGCUCCGGGCACCGUUUGCGGGCGUUUCUGGACGUGUAACUGAGCCCGAGCAGAGGAGGAGGUCGCGCGGCAGGUGAACCGGGUCCCCUUCCCGCCCUGUCCUGUCACAGCGGCAGUGUCAGGGCUCGGCCGCUGCCCUGCGCUCCUGCGCCCGUCCCACUCGGGCGAGGCCCGGCCUGCACGGCCCCCUCGCCAGCCACGGGCCGCAGGCUGCAGUGGGGGCCCCGGGUCUGCGCGCUCCGGUCUCCGCGGCGGGUGUCCCUGCGUGUGUGCUCGGCCGGCGGGGGUGGCCGAAGCUCGGGGGCCAGAAACACUUGCGUCCAUCCCACCCCCGUUCUCGUCGUUGCUCCGUCUUCCCGUCGUCGUCGUCGUCGUCGUCGUCGUCGUGUGCUUCACCAAGUAUUUACCUCCCACCCCCGGCGCCUUCCUCCCCCCGCCCCCCGCCCUCCCCGAGUCAGCAGCCCGCAAGCGGGGACCAGCAGACGUCCGUCCGUCCGUCCGCCUUCUCGAUGUGUGGUGUGUCUUUACGUUGUGUUUUUUAAACUAAGCUUGAACCAAAGUCGAUUUCUAGCAAGCUGCUGUACUGAUGGACUAGUUCGUGUCGCGCGGUUCAGACCCAUGGAGGAGUUAGAUGCUACUGACAAUUUCUUUUUCAUUGUCUUUAUUAAUUUUAUGUAAAAGUUGCUGCUUCUUUUAAUCUUUUAUGUUGGUGAAUCGUCCCAUCCUCUGGGCAGGCGUGAACCUGCGUUCUCGCUGGCUCCGUCCGUGCGGCGUGUGAGCAGAGCGGCGGUGCCGGUGACACACUCCCCCCUCGCCUGCCGCCCUCCGACGCGGUCUGGUCCAGGGCGGCCCCUUCUCCUGGCCCCGCGCCUCUCGCUCGGUCUGUGCGCACGGUUGUCGGGCUGUCGGUCCUCCUGCCGCUGCCUGGGGGGGGGCCUCCCGGGGGGGGGCAGGCUCGGAGGCAGCGUUCAGGGAGGGGGUGCGGGUGCCCCCACACUGGGUUAGAGGCGAUAGCAUUAAUUUCCCGAAGUGGCUACCAAAGGAAGCGUGGAGUCCCGAGGGGCUCGGGCCCAAAGGCUGAGGGGGGAGGCGAGGACAGGCUGCGUUGGACUGGUUCCCUGCGGGGCCCGGAGGUCACCCCAGCUGUGACUCCUGAGCCGCUGGAGCGUUCCCGCGGACGCCCAGCUCCAGCCGUGGGGCGGUGGCCUCUGUCCCCGGCCCUGCCCACCCCUCCAGUCGGUGUGGGAGAAGGGGUUCUGCCAGGGACCCCCCGUGAGGAUCCACGGGCCUGAAACCAGCUUGGAAACCUGCGUUUAAAAGAAGUAAAUCCUUAGACAAAGCUAACUGAGUUUUCCCCGUUAUUUAAAAACAAGCUGCGAGGUGAAAGAUCCACUUACACACGUCCAUCCGUCCGUCCGUGUGGAACACUGACACAGCUUGUUGCUGGCCGCUAGCUUAAAGCGGACGGCCGCCUCGGUCUCCAGGAGCGUUGCGCCUGGAGCGAUCCUCCGGAGCCAGCUGCUCCGACGCAGCCGUCAGACACCUCGUGGGGGCGUGGGGGAAGUACGGGGGGCAUCUGACCAAAAAGAGGUGUGGGUCCGAGUCCUUGUGCUUCUGGGAGGAAGGGCAGAUGGGCCAUCGCGGUCCCGCACGUCCGUCUCCGGUCCCCCGUGUCUGUGCCGGCUCCGCCUCACCCCUGGGUUCGCUUAGUGUGUUAAACCAAAGACUAAACCCGGUGCGCACGUCACGGCCCUGCUCUGGCCCGUGGGGCCGGGCCCUCCCUGGGGCGUGGUGAGCGGACUGUCCACUCCGGCCGCUCCCGGCGGUGCGUUUGGUCGAGAGCUGUGGCUGGCCCCGUGCAGCUCUGAGCGGAAGGGCCAGGCCCAGGGACCCCGGCCGGGCUCCUGGCCGCGGAAACGAGCCGAGCGCCGUGUGUGCGCCAGCGUGGCCCCGCGGGAGGGGCCCCCGAGGCUGUGCACGCCCGUCUGUGUCUCGCACACUCCCUGCACUCCCUGCGCGAGGACGCUCAGUCCCGGCCCCGCUGGCGCAGCUCACGGUCAGCGGGCGGCGCCCAGGGGCCCGCUGCCCUGCGUGCGGGCCGCCCCCGUGCGCACUCCGUGGCGGCGCUGCGAGAGAUCGCAGGUCCUUCUGUAAAGGGAAAAGGAGGUUAAUUUAAAACUCUCCGUGAGAUUGUCUUGCCAGUUGGUUCUGCAUAAUUCAUUGUUGGGGGAAGAAGCACAAUUAUACCUCUUUUUAAAAAAAUAUUAUUUUGCCCUAUUUUCCGCCCUUCACUUGUGAAGGCAGAGAAAACCUUGUCCAGAUCACCCAGAAGCACAGAUGUUUGCUUGACACAACAUUUAAAUUCAGCCCCGUCUUUAACAUUAAGUUUUCUAUUUAAGUUGCUGGGAAAGCUGGCUACAUUUGCAAGUGUGGGACAUUAAUGUGGACUUCCGGAGCUGUGCAUGCCGACAGCAAACACGGCCACUAGUGAGUGACAGCCACGGGGUUCCCGAGGAAACGCGUCGCACGCGGCCUGAGUGCGGCGUUGUCCCCAGGCCACAGCCCCCUCGCAGAGCCUUCCUCGCCAGGGGGGCAGGGAGAGCGCUGGGCCGGGGGGGGGCGGGGCGAGGGGAAGGGCAGGUUGGGG